AUGGAUGGCUCUCAGGCCCCGGCGAAUCAGCCUAUGGUUCAGCCUCAACAGCACUCGAACCUAAUCCGGACAGACCAGGUCCAGAAAUUGCCUCAUCUCAAUGAGCAGCAAAAGGCUCAGCACACCCAGUUGGUGCGCAAUUUCUGGGAGAUACUCAACAGCCGGGACCCGCAGAGUGCGGAAUACCAGAACGCCCACAUGAGACUCACACAGCUCUCUCAGAAUUUGAUGAAAGGCAUGCGAAUAUUUCAACAAAACCGCCAGCAAGCACUGCAGCAGCACCAACAGGCUCAGGCGGCAGCUGCAGCCGCUCAGGGACAGCCAGUUCAACGUACGCAGUCCGCCAACCCACAGUCUUUCGCGCAGCUUCUCCCACAAAUCCAACAGAAAGUGAACGGUCUUCACUUCUUCCUCCCUCCCAAUAUCAGCAAAGAACAAGUACAAACAUGGCUGCCGGAAGCAAGACUACGCUACGGUAUUGCGCUCCAGAAGCAGGAGAUCGGACGCGUACGUAUCGCGGAACUGCGCCAACAGUUCGCGCAGCGACAGGCCGCUGGGAACAUGAGCCAGGAAGAGGUGCAGGAGUUCAAAAACCGGCAGCUUGCGGCGGAAAAGCUCUACCGAGAAGGCAGCGACUUCUUGAACAAAUUCAAGGAGCAACAGGAAUCCUUCAAGGCGCAGCAGCAGAACCAGCAGCUCAAUAGAGCAGGGCUACCGAACGCCACGCCCGGUCAACCUCAACAGCCACAGGGGACUGCAGAGCAGGCUGCUGCUGCGACUGCGACUGCGACUGCGCCUGCCGCCACACCUGCGCCGACUGCCGGUGACAAGCGUCCAGUGAAUGUCCCCGGACCCAUGCACCCUGGGCAAGCCCCUACUCCGGCACCUCACACCAUUAACUCUGCAGUAACUGCCGCGCGAAAUCAAGCCGGACAAGGUCCGGCCAUGUCUCCCUCCACGACUCAGCCGGGCCAAGCACCCGUCGCACAAGCUGCAGGCACCGCACCUGCCGCUCCCGCCGCGCCUCCCCAGCAACCACAACAGCAGCAACCGCAACCUCUUUCACAACAGGGGACUCCAGGCGCGCAGAUCACAUUUACUCAAACACCUAAUCCGGACGGUUCGACGCCUACCCCUACAGCUCCGCAGCCAGUCAACGUACAAGGCCCGCCACGUCCUUUGUCCCAUCAAGCUGCGAUGGCGCAAGCUGCUCAGAAUUAUACCAACAACGCCGCGAACAAUAACAUGGCUCAGCAGAAUGUAUCGCAAGCAGCUGCCAAUCCUCAUGCACAUCCUCAAGGGUAUAUUCCCAAUCGCGCGUCGGAAAAUUCAGCGCGCAACAUCAACAUGGCCAUUCCAAAGAACCUUAACGUUCCUCCCCCGGAGCCGGUCAGCAUGGCACCAGCCCGGCCCACUCUGUCCGGCGGCCCCAGUCAUGGCGCCAUGGGUAUGAUGGGCCAACCAGCCAUCCAGAAGCAUCCCGGCUACGUUCUUGAAGGCGAAGGCCAGCGUGUCUUGAGCAAGAAGAUGCUUGACAUCCUGGUGCGCCAGGUCACCGGAGGAGGAGAGGGUGAAGGACUUACGCCAGACGCUGAAGAGUUCAUCCUGCAAAUGGCCGACGAUUUCGUUGAUGACGUGGUCACCGCUGCUUGCCGUCUCGCCAAAUUGCGCCCAUCCUCUACACUUGAAAUCCGCGAUAUCCAACUCGUCCUGGAAAGAAACUACAACAUGCGCAUCUCCGGCUUCUCCACCGACGAUCUCCGCACCGUGAAGAAACCGCAGCCCACACAAGGCUGGACUCAAAAGAUGUCAGCUGUUCAGGCCGCCAAAGUCACUCAAGGAAAGGCCGAGUGA